AUGAAUGCCAUCAUGGAUUCACCCGCGCGCGCCGAUCCGCCCUUCCCCGUGGAGCGCCUCCCCGACGACGCUCUCGCGCUCGUCUUCCGCUCGCUCGCGCGGACCUCCUUCCGCCACGCGCUCGUUUCCAAGCGCUGGCUCCGCCUCGCCACGGCCGCGCUCUCCCACUUGACCAUUCGGCAUCGGGAUUUGUCGACGCAAGAAAUAUGCGAUUCCGAGCACUCCCGCAACGCGCAGCUCGCGUGGCUCCCGCUUCCGCGCCUUCUUUCCGCGCUGCGCCGCUUCCCCACCCUCACGCACGUGUCGCUGGGCGAAUUUUCCAUCAUAUCCGCCGACGGCGAUGCGCUCUUCCAACGUCUGGCCGCCACGUGUCCAUUCCUGAGACAUCUAACGGUCGAGCAUCAGUUUCGCGUGGCGGUUACUGUAGACGGCCUCGCGUCGCUCUUCCGUGGAUGCUGCAAGCUCAGGGAACUCCGGCUGCUCACCACCAACGGCCUCCCGCAUCUCCCGCCGUCCGUCUCGCUCCUCACGGACCUCCAAACCCUCCACGUGUGCUCUCAUCCUCACUAUGGCGAUGACUCGUUACAGGAGCUCAUUCCGCGCGAGAGCAUCGGCGCGCUGCAGCAGCUGCGGGAGUUGCGGAUCCGCGCGGGAGCGAGUUUCCAGGGUCUGGGGGAGUGCGUGGGUCUCCUGAGGAACCUCCGCAAGCUGAGUAUCAGCAACUUCCUCUCGGAAGCUGUCACGAGUCUUCCUCACGCGAUCUGCGACUUGGCUCGUCUGGAAAGCUUGGAAAUCGAGCUGGACGGGCUCGAGUGCAUUCCGGAAUCCUUCCAACUGCUGACCGGACUGAAAUCCCUCUCUCUCCAAUCCAAACGUCUGCAGCGCCUGCCCGGAAGCGUUAUGGCGGGGCUGACGGAGCUGCAGUCUCUUGCCCUCCACGCCUGCGAUUCCCUCGGGAUUCUCCCGGAGAGCAUCUGCUUCCUCCCUCUCUCCUCCCUCUCCAUCUCCUCCUGCUCCUCCCUCAUCUCACUCCCACACCAGAUCGGCGCCUUGUCCCAUCUGGAAACCUUAAAGCUCCUCUCCCUUGAUAAUAUCCGGGUUCUGCCCGAAAGCCUGGGUGAUUUACCCCAGUUAAAAUCGCUGGAGCUGGACCUGCCCGCGCUGGAGCAUCUGCCCGAGGGAUUGUGUGAAGGCCGCCUUUCUUCGUGCCUGGAAAAGCUGAGCCUGACCAACUGCGAUCAACUGAUGGAGCUUCCUCCCUCACUAUACAUGCUGACUUGUUUAGAGUCCCUCCAUAUCGAAUCAUGCUCCAAUAUAGAGUCUCUGAAGCCGCUGACCCCUCCGGGCCUCCCUGAAUGGUCCGGAAUUGCAUUGGAAUCGUUCGGCCUGGCUGAAAAGCUGAUCAUUGUUCCUUUCGUUAGCCGCCUCAAAGCCAUGGUUUCACCUGCGCGCACCGAUUCACCCUUCCCCAUAGAGAGCCUCCCCGACGAUGUCCUCGCGCUCGUGCUCCGCUCGCUCGCGCAGACCUCCUUCCGCCACGCGCUCGUUUCCAAGCGCUGGCUCCGCGUCGCCACGUCCGCACUCUCCCACUUGACCAUUCGGCAUCGCGAUCUGUCGAUGCAAGAAAUACGCGAUUCCGAGCACUUCCGCAACGCGCAGCUCGCGUGGCUCCCGCUCCCGCGCCUUCUUUCCGCGCUGCGACGCUUCCCCACCCUCACGCACGUGUCGCUGAGCGAAUUUUCGAUCGUAUCCGCCGACGGCGACGCGCUCUUCCAAUGUCUGGCCGCCACGUGUCCGAGCCUGAGCCAUCUAACAGUGGAGCAUCAGUUUCGCAUGGUGGUUACUGUAGACGGCCUCGCGUCGCUCUUCCGUGGAUGCUGCAAGCUCAGGGAACUCCGGCUGCUCACCACCUUCUGCCUUCCGCAUCUCCCGCCGUCCCUCUCGCUCCUCACGGACCUCCAAACCCUUCACGUGUGCGCUCAUCCUCUCUACGGCGAUGACUCGUUACAGGAGCUCGAUUCACCGCGCGAGAGCAUCGGCGCGCUGCAGCAGCUGCGGGAGUUGCGGAUCCGCGCGGGAGCGAGUUUCCAGGGACUGGGGGAGUGCGUGGGUCUCCUUAGUAACCUUCGCAAGCUGAGUAUCGCUCCUCUCCCUUGA